UCAUGUGUCUGUCUUCAGCCCAGUUUGGCGGCCGUGUGUCUGUAUGGGAGCCCGGCAUGUAUCACAUGUACAUAGAAUUGAUCCAGGUGUUGAGAUAAGGGAUUGAGGUAGCACAAUGUACAGGUAGCAGACACGCCUGAAGUCCCGACACACCUGUGGAGUACUGGUCUUCUAUGUACGAUGCGUGUUCCAAUCUUCUGAUUGCUGGACGCUGGAAUGUCGUGAAAUCACAGUGACCAUGGAACACCUGGUAGGAAGGUACAACUUCAUGACGGCGGGUCAUGACCAGCGAGAAGACUUCAGCAAAGAUCAGAGGUUCAACCGUGACAAGUACGAGGCGGUGGUCAACGAGGAUGAUAUACUCGGGGCGUUCAAGCUGCUGAGGAAGGGGGUGUGUCGACCGGACUUUCCCGGGGAGAGUUCUGACCAGUACUAUUUUGCCAAUGAUGUCCUGGAAAGUCUGAUAAGCUGGGCAGUAAAGUUGCAGGAGUCGGGGAAAAUAACAUCCUUGUCCCGCAUCCACGACUUCUGCUUCGACUUCCUCCACGACCUGAUCCAGCAGGGGCCGGGGACGACGCAUAUGCAGCUGUGGAUGGAGAUGUUUUCUGGGAGAGACUUCGAAUUUCGUAAAUAUUAUCAUGAUCUCAGCGGAGACAGACUUAAGAGUCAUUUACGGUUCCUGAUGAGAGAGUACCGGAGCCGAGAGCCUGGGCCUGACAGAGAGAGGUUCGACAUCACCUUUGAUUCAGCAGAAAGAUGCCUUGUUGGCGAUGACAGAUUCAGAAAGGAAUCUUUCAAGGAAGCUCAAUCCGAAUUCAUAGAGCUGUACAUUUACACGGAGUUAUCCAAACUGUCGCGGCCCAGGGAAAUAAGGGUUCUACAUCUCAACAGAAACGUUUUUGAGAACCUGGAUGAUCCCAGGCUGAUUAAACAUUUCCUGAAGCGUCUGGAGGAAGUCAUCUGCAGCCUGAACCUCAGCACCGAGACCUCGCAGAAGGACGUGAAGACUGUCACUGAUGUUGUCAAGAAGCUGUUUACGGCCAUAAAACAAGCGGCCCUGUUUCACAAGGUGUACGUGGAGGUUCUGGACUUCCUGACUGUAAUCUGCGACAAGAAGGCAGGCAGUCCUAUCCAUCCGAUAGUAACGGCUGUGGGGUCUUUGUUCUGCAGUGCCAGUGAUAACCCUACCAUUAAGGGCAACUCUGAGCUGUUCACUGUGAUGACGACGAAACUGACGGUGUUUCUCACCGACCUGGAGGACCACACCCUGAUGAGGAUGGCGUUUGCUGAUGAAGCUGUGUAUCAUGUUCUGAAGAAAGCUAUGAACAAGAGCCCAGAACACUGCCAACUGAUGUUUGACUUGAUCAAGGCUUGUCUGAGGAUCCAUCAACCGAUGACGGCCAAGGCGGCCAAAUAUGCCGUACAGGAAAAUGAGAAGUUCUUGAAAUGGAAGGAUCAUAUUGAGGACGCCACUGAGAUUCUGGAUCUGUUGAUGAAAGUCCGGGUGUUUGGUGGGAAGUCAGAAAGCGAGGAGUUCGCGGGGUUCUACAAUGCAUUUGCCAGAAAAUCCGUUGAACAAAUAAAGCGGGAUCGCGUUAUUCAUAAGGUGGUUGGGAAAAUGGUGGAAUUUUGUCUGAAGAUACUCGAAAGGAGAGAGGCAAGGCUAUUUGAGACUGCAGAUGAAGUAGCUAGCUCGGUGACUUUCAGUGGGAAGAAAGACAAGGAUCUGAUCAUGUCGACGUUCGCCAACCUGCGGCUGUUCCUCACUGACCCCAACUACCCCUGGGACGACAGCGGCGCCCGCUACCCUGGCAAGGUGGUCGUCAAGCUGGCAAGUAGAGGAAUGGAAGCCUUAGAGUCCAAAUCCAUGAACGAAACCGAUUUUAAUGCACUUACCUACUUCCUAAAGACUGCUAUGAAGGGAAACUUUAUUGAGGAGGAAUCCAAUAGCCCGUGCACAGUCUUCUAUAAUUUGUACUAUUCCGUGGGUUCAACUUUUCUCACGCUGCUGGACGACCAGGAGAAGGUGCAGCGAGCCAUCCUGGUAGUGAGGGAGAUUGUCAACUUGCUGUUGCACGAGUUCGAAGAGGUCAUAUACAUCGCCACGAGUCAAAUAAGCACACUCACCUCAAAUGGGGCAAGGGUCAUGGCAACGUUCUUUCCGCAAAUCAUGGAGGCGUACCUUCACACAGAAAACCUACCUCUACUGUAUUCUCUGGGUACAAUCUACCCCUACUACCCCAGGCUGACGGAACCACAGUUCCAGACCCUUUUUGAGCUGAUAGACACCACACACCGAAAUAAUGUGAUACACUGGUUCCCGGAGAUUGCCAAAAAGCAACCGAAUUUGUUCACUGAUGACAUGAUUGGGAAGUUGAUUGAGGAGAUGUUCCAUGGCGAUGAGAAAAUCCACAUUACGUAUCUGAUGAUCAUGAACCCACUCUCCAAGAAGAAGCCCCAGAUAUUCCUCCCCCACCUGAAAACCCUGGUGACCAAUGACGUCAACACACAGUACGGUGCUAUAAUCCAGCUGGUUGAGAUCCUCAAGAACGUGGCCAUUUGGAGGAAAGAUGAGGCUCUGGCAGAGGAAGUGAUGGCAUACCUUGAGAAGCACAUUCGAGGUCCUGAAGAUCAGUUUGCUACCCUGAGUUGCCUCAAUGAGAUGCGGGCUAUAGGCGGUGUAUACAGACCAUUGUUGGAGCGUCGUAAACCAGCCAUAGAGGACUUGAGGAAGAGAUCUACCACACAGGCAACAAAGGACCAGUGUAACUCUAUCUUGGAUGUCCUGGAAGGCAGAAGCCUCGAGUCCCUGGCUGAAGAGAUUAGGGAUGUUAAGGAAGAUGUGGAGGAACUGGAUACACGAGUGACCAGGACUGAGGUGGGCCUGGUGCUGCUGAGCAAAGAGGUGGGUGAGCAGAGAGAGGAGCUGAAAGGGGUCAAGGUUGAUGUGAAGAAACAGGGGAAAAAGGUGGUCAGACUGGAGAAGACAGUGGAUGACACCAAGGCUAAAGUGGAAGAGCUCGACGGAAAGACGCUAAGUCACGCUCCCUUCUGGGCAAGAGACGUGGCCAAACUCCUCAACCCCGAAGACCUUCUGGACUGGACGCUUCUCUCUAUGCGUCUAGGCUACACCAAUGAUGACAUCAGGAGCUGGGCUCAGAUGCACGACCCAUGUAUGGCCAUGCUGAAUGAAUGGUACGCCACUCGGAAGACGAGGGAAGCCACAUAUGCUGUGCUGACAGCACUGCAAGAGAUGGACAGAUUGGACGCUGCUGUCAUUGUGGAGAACGCAAUGAAGAUGACAGAGGCUGUAGUGGAGGACGAAGAGUUCGAGUACCCGGAGCCUCCAGAGGUGUUCAUCAGCUACCAGUGGGGAAUCCAGAACGAGGUGAAGCUUCUGAAGCAGCACCUGGGGAAGGCGGGCUUCACGUGCUGGAUGGACAUUGGUCAGAUGGGAGGUGGAGACAAGCUGUUCGAGAAGAUUGACAAGGGAAUCAGGGCAGCCAAGCUCGUCAUCUGUUGUGUCACUGGGAAGUAUGCCAAGUCUCCAAACUGCAAUCGAGAGGUGAACCUCUCGGUAAGCCUGGGUAAGCCCAUCAUCCCUCUGUUGAUGGAGAAACUGUCAUGGCCUCCACCAGGCUCAAUGGGGCCAAUCUUCAGUGAAUAUCUGUUCAUCCGAUUCUUCACCCGUCCUGGGGAGGAGACUGGUGAUAUCAGGUACUGGUCGGCAGCCAAGUUCCAGGAACUCCUGAUGCAGGUCAACUACAACAACGUCAAGCCGGAUGAGCAGAAGGUGGAAAAGGAAUACAAGAACUGGUGGUGCCCUGUUGCUGAAGUCAUCACGAUAGACAAGAAGGACGUGAAGACGAUGACGGCUGCCAGUCAACAGAAGCAGGAGGAGGUGGAGCGUGGAUCAGCGUCUCCUGAUGUGUUCAUCUCCUACCAGUGGGGAAAACAGAAGCAGGUUCAGCUCAUGUACAAGCGCCUGACUGAGAUGGGCUUCACCGUCUGGAUGGACAUCUACCAAAUGGGAGGUGGGGACUCCCUCUAUGACAAAAUUGACAAGGGUGUGCGAGGGGCAAAGGUCGUUCUCUCAUGUGUCACCACGAAGUAUUCUCUGUCGGCCAACUGCCGGAGGGAAGUCAGUCUUGCUGAUGCCCUCAAGAAACCAAUAGUUCCUUUGUUGCUGGAGAAGAUGACAUGGCCACCAUCAGGUCCAAUGAGCAUGGUGUUCACUCAGCUGUUGUACAUCAACUUUGGGAAGGAUGAAACUGUACAGGAAAGAUGGGACGGAGACAAGUUUGAUGAACUGUUGACUAAACUGGACCAGUAUGUUCCGGAUAUCAUAACGCUAUAUAAAGGGGAGACCCUGGAGGAACCAUUUGCAUCUACAGAAGAGGUCGCUGACGAUAAAGAGGACACACCACCAUCAUCACCCCUGCUCAAGGAGGAGCAAAACAAAGAUACUGAGCAAAUAGAACAGUUCCAACAUCAUCAUCAAUCCUCUUUUCAACAGCUUCCGCAACAGCAACAGCCUCUGCAACAACAGCCGAACUGGCAUCAGCAACCACAUCAACAGCCCCCAACUACGCAACAACAGCAUUAUCAACACCAACCGCACCAACAUCGUCAGGAUAACCAACCUCCACAAUGGCAUCACCCAACUGCUCAACCUCACAGCAACACAUCAAAGUCGUGUUCAAUUUUGUAGUGGAGAGCAAACUGUGAUAAUAUUUGACAAUAUGAUGUAUUUGUCAUU